AUGGCUUGUGACAUAUUGUUGGUUAUGCUUCUCCUUUUCUUGGCUGCUAACUGCAUUCAAUACGGUGUCCAUGGGGUGUCCCAAGUGCCUUGCCUUUUUAUCUUUGGGGACUCUUUAUCUGAUAGUGGAAACAAUAAUGAACUGCCAACCUCUGCAAAAUGUAAUUACAGACCCUACGGCAUCGACUUCCCCGCAGGAUCAACCGGAAGAUUUACCAAUGGCCGAACAGAAAUUGACAUAAUCACUCAGCUUCUGGGAUUUGAGAAUUUCAUCCCACCCUUUGCAAACACUAGUGGUUCAGACAUACUUAAAGGUGUGAACUAUGCAUCAGGGGGAGCAGGCAUACGCAAUGAAACCGGAUCGCAUCUUGGUGGUUCUAUCAGCUUGGGAAUGCAGUUAGCAAAUCACAGAGUCAUUGUUUCUGAAAUUGCUAACAAACUUGGAAGUCCUGACUUGGCUCAACAAUACCUUGAAAAAUGCUUGUAUUAUGUGAACAUAGGCAGCAAUGAUUACAUUGGCAAUUACUUCAACCCGCAGUUUUACCCAACAAGCCGAAUUUAUAGCCUCGAGCAGUAUACACAAGCUCUAAUUGAAGAGUUAUCCCUGAAUUUACUGGCUUUACAUGACAUUGGAGCAAGAAAGUAUGUGUUGUCUGGGUUAGGCAGUUUAGGAUGCGUUCCACAUGUGAAACAUUUGUAUGGGACAAAUGGAUCUUGUGUUGAAGAGCAGAAUUCUGCAGCAUUCAAAUUUAAUAACAAGCUUAAUGCUCUUGUGGAUCAAUUCAAUAACAGGUUCUCAGCUGAUUCCAAAUUCAUCUGCAAAGGCACGGCACCAAAGGCCAUUGACACACAUGAGUUUUCUGUUUCUGAUGCUCCCUGCUGCCCAUUUGGCUGUAUUCCUGAUCAAAAGCCGUGCAAUAAUAGGAGUGAUUAUGUGUUUUGGGAUGAUGUUCAUCCCACUGAGGCAUGGAACCUACUCCGUGCAAUGUCAGCUUUUGAUUCUAUCACUGAUCAAACCUUCACUUAUCCAAUGGAUAUCAAGCACCUUGUUGACUAUGAAAUUAAGAGGGAAUUGGAGUUCACAAAUGAGACCACUUCACUCAGAGCCACUGAAUAA